CUCUCUUCUUCUUCAACGAGAAAGACGUGAAAACUUAAAAGCCAUAGCAAACCAACCGCGAUCUCCGAAAGAGAGAGAGGACAAAUAAAUCUGAGAUUUCGAUUCUUUGUCGUCCUGCUCUCUCUUUUCAGUUUUGUUUUGUGUAGGAAAACAUGUACUGAGUUAUUGAUCCGAGUUGGACCGAGUCUGUUAAUCGAUUUGGAAUCAUUUGCUUCGUGAUUUGGGUAGGUAGGACUUCAACUGUACUGGUUUGUUUUUUGAGUGUGUGGUUCUUGUUAAUUAUGACGAUCUCAGACGCAGUGUGAGUUCAAGUCGGAGAAGCACAGAGUCUUGGUUGGACCGUGUUGGUGAAUAUGAUUCCGAGUUCUUGGUCGAUGAAUCUAUAGUGAUUGGAGAAUUGUCUCUGUCUGAGACCCUGUCUGAGUUCUAGUCCGAGUCGGACUGAGGCUUAUUGUCCAUGGUUCCCACUCUGCAUGUAGUGAUGGAAUGAGGCUAACACCGAGUACAAAUUGGGUUUUUUUGUGAAAUUGAGUUUAUGACGGUUGGUUGUAAAGAUGCGUGAAUUGUAGUGGAAUCUUCAAUCUGCAUGUUGUAACAAAGUAAGACUCGAGAUAUAGUUGGUCGGAGUUGGGUGUGUUAAGAAGAGCAAUUACAUGAAUGAGAGCCUGUGAUUUCUAGUUUGGUUGGUGGAACAAUUGUACACAGUAGAUGAAUCUUGAUUUGAGUCUGCAUAGUAAGACAGAGACCGAGUCCAAGUUGGUGAGUUUAUUGUACCGAGUUUGGGAAGAUUGAUUCUGCAAUUUUGCCUCGCAGUAAGCACGGGCCCAUGCCUUCGGUCGGGAUGAGAAGGUCGACAAGGGUUUUUGGGGCAAGGGUAUUGCGGUCAGGGAGGCGAGUGUGGACUGGGCCAGGAGGUGGUGAGGUGAGAAAGCACUUGAGAGCAGAGGCCAAUGGGGAAGAGUGGGUUGAACUUCUUGAUCAUUCUGGGGAUGGUGGACCUGGUGGAGGUGAGGGAAUUGAAUUUAAAGAAAAUGGGUGGCUUUCUAAUGAUCUUGAUUUGAAGCAAGAAGUUACCAAAAUUGACAUUCAUGAAAAAUUAAAAGAACUCAAAUCGGGAAAAAGGGUGGCAAGGCCGAAUGUAACUGAAGAAAAUAGUAGAUGUAGGAUGUGGGGUGUUGUAUAUGAGAGGAGGAAAAGGAAAAAAAGGGAUUCAGAAAGCAAUCUUGAUUUCUUGGAUGACGAGGAAAUGAAGAUGAGGGCAGAGGAGGAUUUCAGAAGGUAUGGGAAACAGUUUGUUAGAAAGCAAUGGAGGAGGAAGAGAACUAGAGAGAGUCCCCCGGUGGCUGAAAAGGGUACUAUGGAGGGAAAGGAAUUUUUGGAAGGUCCUGCUAGAUGCUGCGGCCCUAUGCUUGCUUUUGUUGUUGAAUCUGAAUCUUCUUCUAGUAGCAGUUCUUGGCCCUCUUGUCUUCUGAAUUCAGUUCUGAGUUGCGUGAGAAGGGUCAGAAUGAGAAUGGAACUUCUUUCUGCGUUCAUGUCCUCUGAGCCGAUUGCUCGUGUUUACUCGUCACAUGGCAUUCAUUUUUUGCAGGAUCCUACAACCAGUAGAGAUGUUGGAGUUUGCAAAAUUUGGGGUGUCAGGUGCUUCAUACCAUUGUUUGUUGUGGACUUUUCUGCAAUUCCAUUCUGCUUCCAGUAUUUGCAUAUAAGUUUGCUUCUGAAAUCGGCAUUUCUGUUCAAUACUUUGGUCAUAUGUUCCACUGGUAUUGACAUCGAGGAUGAAAUAAUGACUGAUACCGAGGAACACCCAUCAUGCAUCUCUUUCGAGAAAGAUCAAUCUGGAAGCCAAACUGCAGCAUCUGUACACGAUAGCGUUGGUAAGAAUAGGGUGAUACGUGCAAGUAUUGCAGCUCCUAAAUCAAGUGGCAGAAAUGUACAAUUAAGGAAUAGUGUUAAUUCUCGCAGUAUCCAGAAGAGGAGGAGUUCUCUUCGGUUGAGAAGAGGCAGAAAACCUACAGUUUUUGGUGCACGCAAAGAUAAAGGGGCUUUGGCUUCGAAUGUAUUCGGAAUUAGACAUGAUCGAUUUCCAGUUCCAUCAUGUACCCGAGAGCUUAGGAGUUCAGUUCGGAGGAGUUCUAGGACGAACAUUGAAGACCUGAAAUCUACGUUAAUGGGAUCAAAAAAGGGCAUAAACUCUACCAGUUGCUCUGCAAACUUAUUGAUUGUUGAAGCAGACAAGUGUUACAGGGAUGAAGGAGCCAUUAUAACCUUAGAGAUUUCUGCCUCUGAGCAGUGGUUUCUGGCUGUUAACAAGGAAGGGAUAAAGAGAUACAGCCUCACAGCACAAAAGAUUAUGAGACCAUGUAGUUGCAACCGUUUUACUCAUGCCAUAAUGUGGACUGGGGAUAAUAAUUGGAAGCUAGAGUUUCCCAACAGGCGUGACUGGUUGAUUUUCAAGGAACUGUAUAAGGAAUGCUCUGAUCGAAAUGUAAAGACCCCCACUGCUAGCGUCAUUCAUGUGCCUGGGGUACGUGAAGUAUUUAGUUUUCUGGAGAGCUGUGGUGUUCCCUUUAUGAGACCCGAUUCUUAUAUCACUGUAAAUGAUGAUGAGGUCAGUAGAGCAUUGACAAGGAGGAUGGCAAAUUAUGACAUGGACUCUGAUGAUGAAAAUUGGCUAGACAAGUUUAAUAAUGCUUGUGCAGAGAACGAGCUGCAUGAGAAACUCCUGGCUGAGAAUUUCGAGUUAAUAAUUGAUGCAUUUGAGAAAGGUUUCUAUUGCGGUCCAGAUGAUUACUCUGAUGAGAAAAUAGCUACAAAUCAUUGUCUAGAUCUAGAAAGAAGGGAAGUUUUACAAGCUGUACAUGGUUAUUGGAUGAAAAAACGUAAGCAGAAACGUUCAGCACUGGUGAGAAUAUUCCAGUGUUACCUGCCGAGGAGAACUCAACUGAUCCCAAAAUCCAUUCUGCGGAAGAAAAGAUCAUUCAAAAGGCAAGCAAGCCAAGUUGCAAGGGGAAAACAAAGAACUUUCUUUCAAGCUGUUGCUACCAAGCAAGAUGCUCAGGAAGAACAGAAUAUCUUUAAUAAGGUCCAAGAAGCUAAAGCUGCAGCAAGUAGAUCAGAGGAGUUUGCUGUUUUGAAGCGUCAAAGAGCCCAGCUUCUAAUGGAGAAUGCAGAUUUAGCUACAUACAAAGGCACAAUGGCACUAAGAAUUGCCGAAGCACUGCAAGGUGCCAAAGCUUCAGAUGCUGCUGACUCUUUUUUUCUCAGUUGA